CCGAGAAAUUUAUUUCUUUACCUCGACCAUGACAACUUGGCGUGUACGUUUCUGGCCAAAUUUCCACCACUUUCUAAAGAUCUACAGACGAAAACAUUGAAGAUAGAGAUAUUGUACCUGGAAUCGAGCGUUAUCGAAUAUCCGUUUGAUAUUCCGGUUCAGAUGCGGAUCAGAUCAACGAGUAAGUAAAAUUAAAAGAGAAAAGAGGGGAGAUAUAGAGGAAGAAAGGGAAGAGGACUUGAAACGAGAUGGAUAAAUACGAGAUGAUAGGGAUUGUGGGAGAAGGGAGUUACGGCGUGGUAAUGAAAUGCAAACAUCGCGGCAGUGGGCAACUGGUUGCUAUUAAGAGAUUUCUCGAGACCGAAGAGGAUCAUCAAAAAUUGCGCCACGAAAAUGUGGUAAGCAUGAUCGAAGUGUUCCGUCGAAGGAAACGAUUUUAUCUCGUGUUGGAAUAUUUGGAUCAUACUUUGCUGGACGAACUGCAAGGUAUCGGACACGGCCUAGGUUGGGAACUGUCCAAACGACAUAUCUAUCAGGUCCUUAGAGGGUUGAGCUUCUGUCACAGCAACAAUAUAAUGCAUCGCGAUGUCAAACCUGAAAAUGUUCUCGUAUCUCCAAACGGAGUGAUCAAGCUUUGCGAUUUCGGAUUUGCACGUUUCAUAAACGUACCGGACGAGUCUUGCACGGAUUACGUGGCAACAAGAUGGUAUCGAGCACCGGAAUUAUUGGUCGGCGAUCCACGGUAUGGCAAAGCGAUAGAUAUUUGGGCUGUAGGAUGUCUCUAUGCGGAAAUGGUGGUCGGUGAUCCUCUGUUUCCUGGUGAUAGCGACGUUGAUCAGCUUUAUCGAAUAACCAAGGUCCUUGGAGGGCUGUGCACGAAACAUCAAACGAUAAUGGUUCGUAGCAGACCCGGUCGAAUGUUACGGCAUGCGAGUGCGGAUGAGCUAGUAGGACCACCACAGUCCGGUAUCGCGUCGAUUCGUAAGUUAUUUCCAACUUGGGACACCGUAACUAUCGACUUUUUGGCUCAAUGUCUUCGCAUGAAUCCCGACCUAAGACCACAAUCUUUCGUGCUUUUGCAACAUUUGUUCUUUACGCAAAAUCAUUUUGCCGAUAAAUUUCUCGCCCAAUUGCAAAAUUCUAUCGCAAAGGAAUCCGAUAUGAAUCCUUUGACCGGCAAGAGAUCCGGGGAACCAAGAUCCAGGAUCGGCGUAAAUUCAUUCGUACUGCCAUCGAGAAGAACGUGCUGCGAAAACGAUCUCAGAUGGCAUAUGCAGAUCGUUUCGAAUGUCAACAACUGCAAGAGGAAAAUCAAGAGGUUAAAUGCAAGUUAAAAAAGAAAGCGUGUUUUUCUAUUGUUUGCGUUAAUAACGCAUCCAUGAUCUUGGCAAAUUCCCUUUUUUCCUUUAACAACCCCGUUCGACAAAUUUUUAUUUAUAAUAUCUAUUGGGUAAUUGUUGUAGAAUUUACUUUCCCGAACACGAGACGUAUCACUCACAGUUUCCGA